GUCCCUCGGGAAACAGUCCCUGAGAGUUGUGACUUGCUUAAGGUCAAGAAGCUACCUACCAAAUGCACGAACUAGGCUGGAAUCUAAUCAGCCUCUUGCUGAGCCGAGAACGUCAAUUCCUUUUCCUUGUGUUGCACAAAGAAACCCGAGAAAACCAGUCACCCGAGCAACCCCCGCGAGGGCGUAGCGCCUGCUCCGCCCCCGCCCGCGGACUCCGGCUGAGCUCCGCCCUCGGGGAUCCAGGAACUCAGCGCCCGCCAGCCGGGUCGUCGGGAAAACCCGGAGCGGCCAAUCCCGGCGCGGCCCUGGGCGCUGCGUGCGCAGAAGACGUCGGAGGCGCAUGCUCUCUGGCGGUCCCGGCCCCGCGGACUGGCGCCGGCGCUGGCCUCCUUGGCCCGCGGACUCCUGGGCCGGCUGCGGGCAUGGCGGCCAGUCUGUGGAUGGGCGACCUGGAGCCGUACAUGGAUGAGAAUUUCAUCUCCAGAGCCUUUGCCACCAUGGGGGAGACCGUGAUGAGCGUCAAAAUUAUCCGAAACCGCCUCACUGGAAUCCCAGCUGGCUACUGUUUUGUAGAAUUUGCAGAUUUGGCCACAGCCGAGAAGUGUUUGCAUAAAAUUAAUGGGAAACCCCUGCCAGGAGCCACACCUGCAAAACGUUUUAAACUGAACUAUGCCACUUAUGGGAAACAACCAGAUAACAGCCCUGAAUACUCCCUCUUUGUGGGGGACCUCACCCCAGAUGUGGAUGAUGGCAUGCUGUAUGAAUUCUUCGUCAAAGUCUACCCGUCCUGUCGGGGAGGCAAGGUGGUUUUGGACCAGACGGGCGUGUCAAAGGGCUAUGGUUUUGUGAAAUUCACGGAUGAACUGGAACAGAAGCGAGCUCUGACCGAGUGCCAGGGAGCAGUCGGCCUGGGGUCUAAACCAGUGCGGCUGAGUGUGGCAAUCCCCAAAGCGAGCCGUGUGAAGCCAGUGGAGUAUAGUCAGAUGUACAGCUACAGCUACAACCAGUAUUACCAGCAGUACCAGAACUACUACGCCCAGUGGGGCUACGACCAGAACACAGGCAGCUACAGCUACAGCUACCCCCACUACGGCUACACGCAGAGCACCAUGCAGGAGUUCACGCUGCUACUCACCCUCUCUUCGGUCUCUUGGCAGACAUAUGAAGAAGUCGGGGAUGACGCGUUGGAAGACCCCAUGCCGCAGUUGGAUGUGACAGAGGCCAACAAGGAGUUCAUGGAGCAGAGCGAGGAGCUGUACGACGCCUUGAUGGACUGUCACUGGCAGCCCCUGGACACAGUCUCUUCAGAGAUCCCUGCCAUGAUGUAGUCGGGACAGGACCAGCCGAAAAGGAUUGUGUGGUGGAGAGGAGAGACUCCUUUUUAACAAAGUAUUAGAACUUUUAACUUUUUGGAAAUGUUUUGUAAGAUUUUAGUGAUCAACUCUUCUGAGAUUAUGACCAUUUCUGCAA